AUGGCUUCUCCUGCCUCCAUCAGUCAACAACAUGAACAAGACGACGAAGAAUGGAUGUUUCCUCUACUCUUGUCCUUCAUGGCAGGAGCUUCGACAUGUGUUGGUGCUGCCAUUGUCUUUUGCUUCGAUGCCAAACAAAUUGAAGGAAGUAUGACAUUUUCCUUAAGUUUGGCGGCAUCCGUGAUGAUUACGGUCUCUGUGAUUAGCAUUGGGCCCGAAUGUUUGGAGAACAUUUUUGUGUGGCAAGGUGCGCAUCUGACAUUUGACGUUUGGCUCUUGGUAGAACGACUGUUGAGUUGUGGGGCAGGGUGUUUUGGAUACUGGUUGCUGUCGAAAGCGCUAGCGGCAUUUCCAGAACCAGAAUCUUUCUUUGUGAAAAGUCCAGCAACUCCAUUGGAGAAUACUGCUUCCACCAGCUACGCCAAUCAUACUACUCCCAGACACAGUGACAUGGUCGACGAUGAAGAAGUUCCAGAAACAACGUCAUUGAUUAGACGGUCAACCUCUGGUGAAAGCACUAGCAGCAAUGCUAGUGGUAGAAAUACACCGCAACAGAAGGACAAGUCAUCGACAAGCUCCAGUUCCAAGAAUCCUCGAUCAUCACCCCCUUCCUCCCGCAUGCGUCGAACACCCAGCAAGACGCCCAUGGAUACUUCUGUGGAAGAUAUUGAUAGCGGUGACAAGUAUGAAUCCAAGCGCACAAAAGAAGAAGCGGCUUCCAAAAAGAGAUCCUGGCGAGUGGCCAUGCUCUUGUUCUUUAGCUUGCUAUUUCACAAUUUUCCGGAAGGCUUGGCAGUUGUCGCAUCCACGGUCGAGUCGCGACAAUUGGGAGUGACCGUGGCCAUUGGCAUUUUGAUUCACAACAUUCCCGAAGGAAUCGCCAUUGCGGUUCCCUGCAUUGCGGCGCGCCCCGACAUGCCCUGGCUUGCCUUUUGGUUGGCGAGUGGAUCCGGACUGGCGGAACCAUUGGGGGCCGUCUUUGCCCUCUUUUUUUUGAAAAGCAGCAAGAUUCCCAUGGAAAAUGUUUUGUCAUGUGUGGCAGGAAUCAUGUGCACGGUAGCCUUUGUGGAACUUUAUCCCGAGGCACUCCGGCAUGUCCCAUCGGAAAGUUAUUCUGGUAGUAGUAAUGAACCAUCAUCAUCAUCAUCUCCAACAACCACAACAAGAAAAGAUUACAGUCAACUGAUAUAUGGAACACUGGUGGGGAUGGCCAUUAUGAUUGCCACGGAAUGGUAUCUGCCCUGA